AUGGAAAAUGUCCUAUUCCUGAAGAUGAGACUUCUCACUUCUCCAGUUUUCGAGGAUUACACAAUUUAUUAUGACAAUCUGAAAGACAUGGACCGGUUAUGCUCAGUUCUUGGACGUUUCGAAAUUGACGAUGAUCAAGAGAAACAUUGGUAUUACCGAAUUCCGGACACAAAUCAAGUACUCGAUAUCGGUCAUGGACAUUUUUAUGGUCAUCUUAAGUUUUCUUUUUUGCGGACGGAGAUUAGCGAUGUUCCUAAAAAUGCAAUAAUUUAUUGA